AAAAGCUUUUUUACAUUCCCCCCUCCUCAGAACCGAGCCACCACCGCUAAUUCCGAGGAAUUAACCUCAUACGACAAUUCAGAACAAUACCCCGGCUCGCACAAAUGUAAUUUACUAAUUUGUUGUGAUGAGGAAGCUGAGACAGACCCACCGCCAUACGAAACGCAACAAAAACGAAUAAAACCAAAGAAUCUCCGACAAAUUACGUCAUCAUCGAAGCCCUCCCCAAAAUAACGAGUGAAAAAUUCCCACCAGGGGAUAAAAACGAUCGAAAAACCUAACGUGGCCAGGGGUAAUCAGGAUGACAAGACCGCCGAACAACGAGAAUCUACUGACGUUCAAGCUAGUUGUGGUGGGUGAUGGGGGUGUUGGCAAGAGUGCCCUGACUAUUCAGUUCUUCCAGAAGCUCUUUGUAACGGACUACGACCCAACGAUAGAGGACAGCUACAUCCAGCACACCGAGGUGGACAAACAAUGGUGCAUCCUGGAUGUGCUGGACACAGCCGGACAGGAGGAGUUCAGUGCAAUGCGAGAGCAAUACAUGCGCAAAGGGGAUGGCUUCCUCCUGGUGUACUCCGUUACAGACAAACAGUCUUACGAGAAUAUUGUCAAUUUUUACACGCAAAUACUGCGGGUCAAGGACAGAGACGUUUAUCCGAUGUUAUUAGUUGCUAAUAAAGUGGAUUUGGUGCAUUUGAGAAAAGUUACUGAGGAACAAGGGAGGGAAUUGGCCCACAGAUUGGGCAUUCCUUACAUUGAAACGUCCGCGAAAGAUCCACCACUUAACGUUGAUGCGGCUUUUCACGAGUAGUCACCAACUGCUCUGACAUUGCUUCAGGUCGUGCGGAUAAUCUGGAAUCAACCGCCCACAGAGCUGGAGAAGAAUCGUCGAAAAAGAAGGCGAUCUGGAAAAUGCAACAUUCUGUGAAUUCUCUGUCCAAAAUAAUUCGAAGGUAAAUUCAAUCAGCCGCAUUGUAAAAUAUUGAUUGUUAAGAUGGCUAGUCCACCGUACGAUAACUGACCCAACAAUUAACGAUACUGCCUGCGGGAUUUUCCAUUCUGGAAAAUGCUAAAAACUCAUAAGAAUAUUUCAACUGAUGGCAAUGAAACCGACGAAAUAUUGCUAUUCAGAGGACCGAGGCACCGAUUAUAGUGGCAAAAAAUUGACAAAGAAUUAUGAAAAACAGUGUGAAAGUUCUCUGUAGCUGUGAUAAUCGACGAUAAACGUUGAAUCGUCAAGGAAUACGAGUUGUUUAAAUUACGUGGCUUGAUUGUAAAGAAGUUAUCAAUUGUAAUAUGUGAACAUUAUUAUGUACCAAAACAAGCACAAUCGAAGAGUUUAGAUUUUCUACGAUCCACAUCAUAAUUAAUGACUAAUGUUUUGGAUAAGGGGGCAAAAAUUAUAUGGAAAUGGUUUUUAUUUUUUCAAUGAUCCAUUGUAUCUAACGAAAUGUAGUUGAAACAUUACGAAUCCAUAGAUAUGAAUUGACAGGGUUUCUCAAGAACGAAGGGCUGUCAGUAAAUGACUAUAAUUAUUUUUAUAAUCAAUGAGGUUAUAAUGAACAUGCAGUCCAUGCAGGAAAUAUAAUCUGUCAUUCAGUGACUACGAUAAUUGAUGAUUUUUAUGUGAUUUUUUGUUGGAGGUAAUUUUUUGAGCAAUCGGGCUAAAUGGAACGUCUUGAAUAAACAAUAUCUCGGGAACCGUACAGUGUAAUAAAAUUAUUUUCCAUCAGUUAAAAGCUCGAAAACUGAUCUUCAAAAUGAAAAAAAAAUCGUUUAUUUUUAGUCGACCGAUCCCAUGAUAUUGACGAUUGAGGACGUGUCAUUUUGCCCCACUCUCGCUUAUAUCGUUAUUAAACUCACAACUUCACUCAAUGAAAAUGAAUUCGCCAAGACUUUACGAACACAUGAGUAUUAAAUAGAAACUUUAUGAAAGAAUUGAUGCCAUACGGCCUAUUUUUAGUAUGCAACGUAAGAAUGAAAAUAAAUCUGAAUACUAAGUGAAACGAGGUGACGACAAGCACAAAACAUAUGCACGAAAUGUGAAUUUGAAUUAUAUAUGUGUGUGUGUUCUCUGGAAAAUAUUUUUUUGUUGCGAUGGAGACGAUAAAAUAACUGAAUUAUUUUAUUUAUGUUAAUUAUUAGGUAGAUAUUCGUAUCAAUAUGAUUAUACACGCGUACAUGUAUCCUGAGAUGUUAAUAAUGCACAUCUGCAGGAGUAUAUUUAUGUAUGUGACAAUAAAAAUCCUGAAAAGAUCAUCUACUUCACGAUAAUUGCAACACCGAGAGAAACAAUAAUUUUAUGCCAAAGAAAUGUGCUCGAAAUUUCGGUUUUAAUUACUGGUUUAAUUAAUAAAUUUGAGUGGAGUACUUUCUUUUCUGGAUUCCAUGUCAUCAUUCUGAUGUAUCUUUUUGUCUUGUAAAUAAAAUCAAAGCAGUAACUAUUUA